GCAACGAGAUGAGCCAUGGCAAUAGAAAACAAACCAGAGGAAGAAUUUGACACAGUUUUCAAUCUGAAUGAUUCCCUGGAGCUCUCCGCUCAUUCAGAGCGUGACUGUGGAAAGGCACGAAUCUUCAAGAUAAUAGUCAUAGGAGACUCAAACGUGGGGAAGACGUGCCUGACUUACCGCUUCUGCGGGGGCACUUUCCUGAAAAACCCAGAGGCAACUAUCGGGGUGGAUUUCAGGGAGAGGACGGUGGUGCUGGACGGAGAGACCAUCAAGUUGCAGAUUUGGGACACAGCGGGUCAGGAGCGUUUCAGGAAGAGCAUGGUGGAGCACUACUACCGCAGCGUUCACGCCGUCAUCUUUGUGUAUGACGUGACCAAUCUGCCAUCCUUCGAAAGCAUCCCCGAGUGGAUCGAAGAGUGCAGCAAACACUCCGUGGGGCCCCUGGUGCCGCGCAUCAUCGUGGGAAACAAAUGUGACCUGAGGGAACAUCGGCAGGUGCCCGCCUCUGCCGCUCACUGUCUUGCCGACAGCUACAACUUCCCCCUAUUCGAGACUUCGGCCAAAGACCCCGCUGAGAAGGAGCAUGUUGACGCCAUCUUCCUGACUUUAGCUUAUCGGCUGAAGAGCCACAAGCCCCUGAGACUGAAGCAGCUGAGUGAGAGCUCUGUUAGGGAGCUGAGGAGCCAGAGAGAACAGGAAACGACAUUUUGUCAGUGCUAAGGUCUACUGUGGACUUGCAGGGUGGACAAAGGCCACAGGAUCCGUCUGAACAUCUGUUUAAAAUCAACAUUGUCACUAAAUUAGUGAGCGGUAUUUCAAAAGUAGAAAGAAGCUUUCUGUCAUUUCUAAAAUGCUCUCUGGCAGAUGUGAGGCACAGGUCACGGUCAUGGCAGCAAAGACCGAUCGGUUGGAGCAAAAGUUUAACCGAUAUUUCUACAAAAAGUCAAUGUGGAGAUAUGUCAAGUAUUUGCACUUCAGAAAACAAUUAUGAUUGACGAGAAAAGUCUACGUCGAUCUCUCUCUAGUAGAAUUAUGUUCUGUCAUUGAAUUACUUUGCAGACUGCUGGACAGAGACUCAAAAAUAAAAUGUUUAAAGUCACCAAAGCAGAUAGAAUGACAAUGGAACUGUGAUGAAAUUUGCAAUCAUUUUCUUUUUCUGUAUGCGUUGCAAACACAAGUCUAGAAUAAUGUUACAUAACAAAUGAAAAAGAAAGAAUGCAAGUUGUAAAAUGCUGCUACUUUAUGGGUACAAAAUAUAAAUUCAUACAGCUGACCUGCAAAGCAUAUCUAGAAUAAGCUCUGGUUCCUAGGAAUCGGCAUGAAAUGUAUCAAACAUGACUGAUUAUUAAGUUGCAUGUAAACUGUCUAAACAACAUGUUACAAAAGCAUAGCAAUUUGACUAUUUGAGUCUGAGUGAUGAAGAAAACGCACUUUACUAUGCAUUAUUUAUAGAACUUUGAAGGAAGCUGAAACUUUUGGAUCAGUGCAGUGUCAUGAUUAUUGUCCUAUCAAUGUGGAUCUGUUGUGAUCAUUAAAUGUGCAGAUGAUAUCAAAGUAGUGGGACCAUUUCAUGGUAUUGGAAGCCAAAACAGCUAGAGGGCUGGUGCAGAGACGACCUCACUGAGGACAAAACAAAGGAAACGAUCAUCUCGUUCUGAAGGUCGUGAGCCAAACGCAAAAGCCUCAGCAUCAGCGACCGUCCAGGAGAGAAAGUGAAUGGGAUUUAAUUUGUCGGAGUGCGGCUCUCUGAUGACCCCGAGCUGAUCGAAGAACAUCACCGCUAUUGUGAAAUGGGCCAAGCAGAGACUGCAAUUUCUGGGGGAACCUGAAACCAAAGUCGCUCCUCCCUACCAGCAUCUCGCAUCAUCCCACAAGGCUGUGGUUUAGUUGCGGUUUUUGAUGGGGUGUUACAGAUCUCUUCCCAGAGCAGCAUGCAGAGAGUGUAGCAAAAAAAUUAAAUUAAAUUCUGUAAGUUGAGUGUGAAAAGGGUUUUCUAAGGCUCAAUUGUAUGUCCAGUUACUUGGAACAGUCAUUUUAUUACUUAGACAAGUUUAAAUUGGAUUUGCUCAACCCCAGUUUAACAUCUGGCCUCAUUAGUCUGGUCAGCACAAAUGCAUAGUAUUUUGCUUAUUAUACACUGAACAGUUGUGUGUUAAAAACAGCUAAAUUUACAGAACCUGUUUCUACUUUUGAAAAUACAAAAAAAAAGUGUUUUCAGUGUUUGCUUGCAAUAAGCAAAAUCGUUGAAAAGCAUGAUGUAUAGAAACUUGUAAAACCUGGACUUACAGUAUAUUAGGAGGACUUCUUAUUCACUAUAUCUAUUGAUUUUCAGUUAGAUUGGCUUCCUUUGGGGGGUUUGUUUGAGUGAGGGGCAGCAUUCGUUUAAGAACCACCACUGCUCAUGAUACUCCAGCUGCAAUGACAGAAAAAACAGUGCUGCAGUGAAUGUGAAUGUUAAUAUGUAGUUAAAAUGUCUCUAGAGAAUCUUUCAGAGCUACUGCAGGAACAGGGCUCUGAAAAAUGUUACUUUUUAUUGUACUUUUAAAAUUA